AUGGCACCGAAAGACUUGGACGACAAUAGGCCUGAAGAUGAAGGGAGCACAAUACCCCAGUCGACUGAAGCAGCGAACCCAACCAAACAAUCCGAUGAAGCUGAAGAUCUUUGGCAUACCCUCAUACAUUGGAACGAUUUACCGCGCUGGCUUCAAGACAACCAUUUUAUCCAUGGCAGCUAUAGGCGUGCGUCUUACAGCUACGCAAGAUCCCUGCAGAGCAUUUUGCACUGGCAUAACGAGAGCGUGAACAUUUGGACGCAUUUGGUUCCUGCCGCUCUGAGCUUGCCCUUUGCAGCAGUUCUCUACAGCGUGCUGGAACCUCGCUAUGAGAAAGCUUCAGUGGCCGACGUUAUAGCAAUGAGCUGUUUCUUUGGUGGCGCGGCCGUUUGUUUAGGAAUGAGCGCAUUCUAUCACACUCUGUCAAACCACUCUCCAGGCGUUGCCAGACUCUGGAAUCAACUGGACUAUGCCGGGAUAUCUGUGCUGAUUGCCGGUUCAUUCAUCCCCAGUGUAUAUUAUGGAUUUUGGUGCCAUCCAGUGAAGCAAUGGAUAUAUUGGAUCAUGAUCUGCACCCUUGGCGUAGGGUGUACCACAACAUCGAUCCUUCCGCGCUUCCGAACUCCAGCCUGGAGACAGUACAGAGCUUUGAUGUUUGUUGGCAUGGGCAUUUCCGCCGUCUUUCCGGUCUUCGAUGGGCUCAGGGCCUUCGGCUUGGGAGAUAUGGAGAAGCAAAUUGGCCUAUCGUGGCUGGUAUUGCAGGGAGCUCUGUAUAUUUUGGGCGCUGGUUUGUAUGCGGCAAGAAUCCCAGAGGCCUGGUAUCCGGGCAAAUUUGAUACUCUCGGAAGUUCACACCAGAUCUUCCACGUCCUGAUUGUCUUGGCUGCGUUGUCCCAUCUCAGAGGACUUCUCAAAGCCUUUGACUACCGCCAUGGGACCAUGGAGUCCGUUUGCAUAUAA